GAGCGGCACGCGCCCGGCGUACGCGCUGCAACCGCACCGCGAGAGGCGUGGCCAGGGGAGGAGGUGGGGGAGGUGGUGGAGCGGGGAAGCGCGUGGGUCAGCCUGCCGGUGCAUUGAAAAGGCGCACUGCCUCACUCUCGUGCUCCAGAAGAAGGUUUUGAGAGCUUUGCAAAAGCUCGAAGUUCAUACACAGGAAUCGUGAGGGCGGGUCACACGCGACGCGCGUCAACCGGACACUCGAAAAAAAGAGAAACAAAAAAAGAAAAGAAUAAAGGCUGCUUUCUAUAUAGUGGUUGUUCUUGUGAAGCAUCUCGACGGUUAUGGACAUCGCAACCAAGAUGGACCUAAGUGUGGACCAGGCUCAGUUUGUAGCUCCGGCGUGCUUCUUUGCCGCAGCCGCCGCCGCCGCAGCCGCCUCGCAGAGCCUGAGCCCAAACGAGAGCAUCGGCAAGUCGGCGUCCAAGCAGACCAAGAGGCAGCGCUCCUCCUCGCCGGAGCUGCUGCGGUGCAAGCGGCGCUUGAGCUUCGCGGGCUUCGGCUACAGUCUGCCGCAGCAGCAGCCGCACGCCGUGGCGCGGCGCAACGAGCGCGAGCGCAACCGUGUCAAGUUGGUGAACAACGGCUUCGCGACGCUGCGCGAGCACGUGCCCAACGGCGCGGCCAAUAAGAAGAUGAGCAAGGUGGAGACCCUGCGCUCGGCGGUCGAGUACAUCCGCGCCCUGCAGCAGCUGCUCGACGAGCAUGACGCUGUGAGCGCGGCCUUCCAGUCGGGUGUCCUGUCGCCCGGCGUCGCGCACACCUACUCCAACGACAUGAACUCCAUGGCCGGAUCUCCUGUCUCCUCCUACUCCUCCGAUGAAGGAUCCUACGACCCACUCAGUCCUGAGGAGCAGGAGCUCUUAGAUUUUACCAGCUGGUUCUGAACAUCAGGAGGAUCAUCCUGAGGAUCUUUCAGCACUCACUCCCUCGGAGGUCCAAGUGCAUCUUCCGAGAACACAAGGCACUGCGUUUGCGCUCCCGUCCAGGUUGGAUAGACCCGAGUUCACACAAUAAAGAGAGACUGGCCCAAGAUGAGAGGCCCAAAGCGACACUCAGGUGUCGCCCCCAAGUUUCCCGAGCCAAAGGACUUGUAGAGCAGACAAGUGCAAAGAAAAAAACAACGUAAAGUAAAUGCGCAAGGGUUGCAUUGCGCAUUUGCGCAUUGACCCAAAAGCGCAUUGACCCAAAAGAUAAAAAAAAAAUCAUAUUUUUCUGCUUCAGCGAUUCUUCUAUUUGUUCUUAAACUAUGCUAAAUCCAAUCAGAAGAACUAUCCUGUCCUGCACAACAAAAUCUCCCCCCCCCCACCCCACAUCCAUGUGUUGAUUUAACACCUUCAGCCGGACACACAUUAGCACUGGAAGGGUUCAUUUUAGCACUGCAGGUGUUCACUCAACACUGGAGGAGUUCAUCUGAACUCGGGGAUUUUGCUGUAACUCCAUGCUUCCAACCCGGCGGAAUUUAUUUUAAUGAAGUUAUAUUUGUAUAAAGAUCACGCUUUUUUUCUAAAUAUAUUAAACUAUUUUUGUAUGUAUGUAAGAGAUUUAUAGAUGCUGUUUUUGUACACAUUCACUGUAAUAUGUAUAUAUAUUUUUGGCCUCUGCGUAAAGACGCAAACACAUGAUGUUUAUUACCUCCUGCCUUUUUCAGACAUGUAAAUGCAUCUGUUUGCGGUUUUAGGCUUCUUGCUUUUUUGUUUAUUUGUUUGUUUUGCCUGGAGUUUGACACUCCAGUGGUUUUUAUUUCAGCACCGACGUGUCUUAUUUAACGGGAAUUACAUGUAAUACGACUCGGAGUUCACACUGAUCAAAGGUUAUGCAGCUAUUGUCCAAACCACGGCGGUCUGUCUUCUCUCCACGCUGCCUGAUGAAACUCUGCCUUUACAAUAUUCGAAGAGGAAUAAAUAGAGGGGAAAUGCCUUACAUUCAUAUUUUGUACA